AUGCGAUCACCGCAAAGUGCAUCGUCUGGCAAAUCCGUUGCUUUCAACUUCCCUGCCCAACCUGGAAGCAGCGACACCAAUGGCCACAUAUUACCCAAUGGAAACUCAUCUUCAGCUCGAGAGAUCUCCCCCAACAAUCGCAAACUACACACCCGCACAAAUUCGAUAUCCCAGGUCAUCAAAAAUGUCAGGAAACGGAGUGGUUCUACCGCUGAGAUAGUUGAGAAUCUCAAAGCUCCGAUAUCGUACAAACUAGUGCCUGUCACCUUGACAAUCGUCCAAUUCGCAUUCGUCACGGGAUGGUGUCUUCUGUUAUCGCUCGUCGGUCAUUGGCUGCCAGGGGCCGUCAUCCCGGGAAUCCAAGGUGGCCUCAAAUGGCCGACAAGGGAUAUUAUCAGAACCACAGCACCCCUGGCACUUUUCCAGGUUGGCGGGCAUAUCACUUCCAGCUUUGCGACAAGUCGAAUCCCCGUAUCGCUCGUCCACACUAUCAAGGGCUUAACUCCUCUUUUCACGGUCUUCGCCUAUAGGAUAUUCUAUAAAGUCAACUAUCCUCGUGAUGUCUACAUCUCCCUUAUCCCUUUGACCGUUGGCGUCAUGCUUGCCUGUUCCUUUGAAUUCCGUGGGAAUUUCAUCGGGAUCAUCAGCGCUCUCGCCGGUACCAUCAUAUUUGUUACCCAGAACAUUGUUUCAAAGAAGAUUUUCAACAAUUCCGCGCGAACGGAUUGGGAUCGAACUCAGGGUGUCAAAUUAGACAAACUUAAUUUGCUUGCCUAUUCCUCAGGACUAGCACUUAUGCUGACCACUCCGUUGUGGCUGUCGUCCGAAGGAUUCUCGUUAAUUCGCAAGUAUUAUGCAAACGAGAAGCUAAUCCUUGAAGGCCCGAACAAGCUCAGCGGGAUGGCAUUGUUCUGGGAAUUUGUUUUCAACGGAACCUCCCAUUUCGGACAGAACAUCAUCGCAUUUACAAUUUUGAGCAUGGUCGAGCCAGUUACAUACUCAGUCGCCAGUUUGAUCAAGAGGAUUUUUGUGAUUGUAAUGGCUAUAAUUUGGUUUGGCAAUAUGCCGACGAGGAUCCAGGGAUUUGGUAUUUUAUUAACUUUCCUCGGUCUUUAUCUAUAUGACAAAGCCAAAGAUCUCGACCGUCGAGAAAAAGCUAAGAUCGAUCCACGGCCGUCGCUUUUGCCAUUGUCCGUAGACGGAAAGUCUAGAACAUCACCUGUCCCGCCACCUUAUGGCUCACAACACAGCAGCGCUGUGAACACACCCAUCAACGGUGGAGCUUACCAUCCCAGAAGAGGCAGCGUAAGCAAUGGAUCAGCGAAUACUAGCUCCGCUGUGGCAGAAAAGAAGGCCGCAGCGGUGAAUGGGUAUUCGGGAUUAGGCAGUGUGAAUGAAAAUGGGGGACUGCUGCCGGGGACGAAGCAAGAGAGUACAUGGAAGCCGAAUGAAGUUUGGGCAAAUGGAGCUACGGCGAAGACGAAUGGGAUUGCAACAUAG